CUCAAGCGCCCACAGACCAUCACUCUGUUCUCUUCCUACACCUAGUAACAUGCGCGCCGCCCUGCAGCUAUCCCGUCGUCUGCGCUCCCCCGCCACACGUACCAUGCGCGCACACUCCACAGCCGCUGCGCCGGUGUCACUCGCCGCUUCCUGGGACCGUCCGUUCCCUUCCAUCUUGGUGUCCGCUGAUGGCGUCUCGGCCCAAGGCUCAUUCGCCGAGGCGCAGGCCAACUACCUCCAACCUGACAUGGAGGUGGUGAAGGAACUGGAUGCUCUGCUACACGAGAAGAAGAUGGGUAUCGUUGCGCAUUUCUACAUGGACCCGGAGCUACAGGGCAUUCUGUCGUCGCUGUCGUGGCCUCACACGUUCAUCGCCGACUCUCUGGCUAUGGGCGAAGCUGCGGCUAAGAUGGCCAAGAAGGGAAUCCAGUCGGUGGCCGUGUUGGGAGUCGACUUCAUGUCGGAGAGUGUGCGCGCAAAUUUGGACUCGAACGACUUCGAGCACAUCCCAGUGUAUCGCCUGGCCGAGCAGAAGAUUGGCUGCAGUCUGGCCGAGUCGGCUGAGAAGCAGGCAUACCUCGCGUACCUGCAGAAGGCUGCCAAGACGCCAAACAGUCUGCACAUUGUGUACAUUAACACGUCACUGCGUAGCAAGGCCUUCGCUCACGAUCUUGUGCCCACGAUCACCUGCACGUCCUCGAACGUAGUGCAGACUGUGCUACAGGCUUUCGCACAAGUGCCGGAUAUCAACGUCUGGUACGGACCGGACACGUACAUGGGCGAGAACCUGCAGCAGAUGUUUGAGCACAUUGCGCAGCUCCCGGACGAGAAGAUUCGUCAAAUCCACCCUCAGCACAACCGCAAGACAAUUGCUGAGCUGCUCACGCGCUUCGACUACUUCAAGGAGGGGAACUGCGUUGUGCACCACAUGUUUGGUGACAAGGUGACGCAGCGCGUCCGUGACGAGUACAGCCAUGCUUACCACACGGCACACUUUGAAGUGCCUGGCGAGAUGUUUACACUCGCGAUGGAGGCCCAGAACGAGGGCCGCGGUGUUGUUGGCUCGACAUCCAAUAUCCUGAACUUUAUUAAAGCGAAGACGGCCGAGGCUGUUAAGAACCAGACGGGAGAGAAAUUGAGCUUCGUGCUGGGCACGGAGGCGGGCAUGAUUACGGCUAUCGUGCGUGGCGUGCAGGAGACACUAAACACACAGCAAGGAGGUGUCAAGCCCGCGGUGGAGAUUAUCUUCCCUGUGUCGGCGGAUGCUAUUGCUACAGAAGGGGACGAGUUGGUGCCUGGCGUUGCUGGCGGUGAGGGAUGCUCGACUGCUGGUGGCUGCGCUACGUGUCCAUUUAUGAAGAUGAACGACAUCGACGCUCUGUUCCGUGUGGUUGAGGGCGUGUCAGCGAACGCCAAUGGCUCCGAUCCGCUGGCGAACUUCUACCCGCAAAAGUACAGUGAGCUUAUCCAGGGCAAGACUGUCACAGAUGUCGGCGUGAAACCCAUUCUGCACAUGAAAGCGUUGAUGGAAGGACAAAAGUUGUCGGAUGCAUUGGUGCAGGAUAUUCAGACUCGGACACCGGGUGCCGGCUGCCCCGAUUCCAAGUAACCGCGUAAUCCAGCAUUCUAAGGUGUCUCAAUGAAAUUUGUUUAGCUUUCAA